UGGGGGUGGGGAGGGUGAGAUGGGACAUUUAACAGCAGCGUGAGACUCCGUCCCGCGCGCAACUGCCGGAGCGACAGGUGUCACCCGAGAAGACUCGGCAGGCAGGUUUUACAAAAGUAGUGAACUGUUCUACUUCUAGAUUUUUUCCAUUUUUUUCUGUAAAUCAAAACAGCUCAAAAUGGAGGCCUAAAACCCUUAAAAGGGACUUAGUCUAAUCUCUGGGAGGUAGUUUUGUGCAUGCAUAAACAAAUUAAGUAAUUAGAGUUUUUGGCAUACAAAGAACAUUAAUUUUAAAAAUAUGAUCUAGUUAUAUGAAGUGUAAAUAUAAAGUAUAAUAAUGAAUUUGAUUUUGAAUUUGACAAUGGAGAAGUGAUUAUACUUGGGACACAUUGUUUAAGCACGCUUUGCAAAAUUGGCCAGGCAAUCUUCCACUGGUUGCUGUGUAGAAUAGAAAAAGUACCUGUGUUUGGUAAAGAUUUAAAUAUGAAUGACAGUAAUCUAGGACAAAGAGUUAAUAUUCAACCCUCUGCUAAAUUAAAGAAAUAUGCAAAUAAGACCUUUAACAUGUUAAAAGACUUCUACAAUGACAAAGAAAUGUCAAGAACAAAACUUUUUGAUAGGUACAACAAAUUUAGAGAAAGUAGAAAAGAUGAACUUGAUGAUUGGUGAAGAAAUUAGCCAUUAAUAAGACUACUGGUAUUUUAAAAUCUAAAUUUUAGUUUGUUAAAAUGGGCUAUUAUCUCUGAAAAUGGUAAGAAUAAAAAUGAUGGCUGGAUGGUUACAUUUUGGUAAAUGAACAAACGUAUUCAGAAAGAAAAUUUACAUAGAGACAAUAAUAAACACCAAAAAGAUUUUGAUAACAAUGUGUAAAAUUUUGACCAAUGAGAGGAAAAUUGAAAUUAGACGUAAUAACUCACCUUUGAGGGAAAUAAACACUGGUAUUGAGAUGUGUUUCCCCUGCCAAUCUGGAAGUAAGGCAUUAAAGUCUGCAGUAGAAAAUCCCAACAUAAAAAAAAAAAAAUCCCAACAUCUGUGGGAUCCUGGAAACCAUGUUUGCAAAUCACUGCUAGAGAAAUCAGGAUGACUUGUUUAUUCGUUAUUGCUAUUAUUGACACAGAACCUAUUUACUAAUUGCUAGUCAUAAUUGAGAUAUUCUCAGUUUUGAGAAGGUCUCUGCUGUGCAUAAGGAGUGGAUUGUGACAAAGUAAAUUUAUUAUUUACUAUUGAUAAAUUCCAGUUCAAGGUAUGCUAUCUGUGAAAUAAUUUCUAGCCAAAGCCAAAUUUGUACAAUGUGGUUAUCCAUCUUAGCCUACAGACUCAGCACUCUGACUUUUGACUGUUUCUAAAAAUAAGCCCACUAUCAGAGUAGACGAUUUGAUGUUGACUCUCAACAAUAUGAAGCUGAGUUUAAAAGACCCAUUGAGCAAAUACAUAUAUCUCUGAUAAUUCAUUUAAAAUAGAAUGUCUAAUUUGCUAAGAUUGAAUGGUAUCACUAUUACUAAACCACCAGGUUCCUGACAAUCUAUGGGAAAUAAUUAUAAUUUAAUAAAUCUUUAAACCCAGGCCUUAAGAUGUGUCAUCCAAGUCUGUUACUACUUAAGCUCUUUAUCUGGAGGAAAAAUUUAAAUUGUUUUGUUCUCCCUAUUUAAAUGAUUAUAGGAAGAAAAAUUACUUAAUUUAAGCAAGAUUUGGGAUACACCAUAUUUCACUGAAUCUAAGAUGUCAUCAAUUGUAAGACACACCAUCAUUUUAUAUACCUCUAAGAAAUAAAAAAUGCUGCUAAUUAAAAGAUGAUAUGCUAUUAAUUGUAAGACACUUCUCAACAGAGAUAUUGAAACAUGCAUCUCAGAAGCAGUGAAAUAUGGUAAUACAUUAUUUUCCUUUCUUGAGGUAGGUUUAUGCUUUUUUUUUUUAUCCUGGCUACCAAAUUUCAUAAUUUAAAUAAAGCAAAAUAAACAUAGUUUGAAUAUUUUCUUCUGUAGAGUACUUACAGAGCAUAACUUUCUUCUACCAUGAAAACAAGCUAGCUGUGUGAGUCAGAUGUUUUAUCUUUAGGCUGGCUGAAUGUCACUGAAACAUUCUAGCAGAGAAGUUGACCAACCUGUGGAAAUGCCUGACACUAAAUGGCAUCUUGAUGACCUAAAAGCACUCUACACUUUUAUGAAGGGUUUUAAUUUUCAUCACAAGGUACUGUGUAGCAUCAUGUUUACAUUGCAUCUAUAAAGAUUGUACAAAGGUGCUGUUGUGCAUAAUUGUCCCUUAAUAUGAUCAGCACAGGAUUUAAGUCUUGCUGUGCUGAAACUCUAAAUGCACAGGGGAAAAAAGAACAAUAGAUUUCCUAUUCUAGGUGUUCAACCUAGUACUAAAACUAACAUAAAUCAAAAGCUGUGCACAAAACUACCUCCCCAGAGAAAGACUAGUCCCUUUUCCUCCCCAUCCAUUUCUUUAUGAACAUAGUAGAAAAUAGCGUAUUCUUAUCAAAUUUGAUGAAAAGCGCAAACAUGUUUGAAUUGAAGUACGACUUUUCAUGUGAACUGUACAGAAUAUCUACGUAUUCGACUUUCCCCGCCGGUGUUCCUGUCUCAGAAAGGAGUCUUGCUCGUGCUGGCUUUUAUUACACUGGUGUGAACGACAAAGUCAAAUGCUUCUGUUGUGGCCUGAUGCUGGAUAACUGGAAAGAAGGAGACAAUCCUAUUGAAAAGCAUAAAAAGUUGUAUCCUAGCUGUAGCUUUGUUCAGAAACUAAAUUCAGGUAACAUUUUGGGAGCCACCUCUCAGCUUACUUUUCCUUCUUCAGUAACAAAUUCCACACAUUCAUUAUCUCCAACUUGGGAAAACAGUGGAUAUUUCAGUGGCUCUUAUUCAAGCUUUCCAUCAAGUCCUGUGAACUCCGGAUCAAAUCAAGAUUUUUCUGCCUUGAGAAGUCCCUACCAUUGUGUAAUGAAUACUCUAAACGCCAGAUUACUUACUUUCCAGAUGUGGCCAUUGACUUUUCUGUCACCAACAGACCUGGCAAAAGCAGGUUUUUACUACAUAGGACCUGGAGACAGAGUAGCAUGCUUUGCUUGUGGUGGAAAAUUGUGCAAUUGGGAACCAAAGGAUGACGCUAUGUCAGAACACCUGAGACAUUUCCCCAAAUGCCCGUUUUUAGAAAAUCAGCUUCAAGGCACUUCAAGGUACACUGUUUCUAACCUCAGCAUGCAGACACGGGCAGCCCGAUUUAGAACCUUCUGUACCUGGCCCUCUAGUGUUCCAGUUCAACCUGAGCAGCUUGCAAGUGCGGGUUUUUAUUAUAUGGGUCACAACGAUGAUGUCAAAUGCUUUUGCUGUGAUGGUGGCUUACGGUGUUGGGAAUCUGGAGAUGACCCAUGGGUGGAACAUGCCAAAUGGUUUCCAAGGUGUGAGUACUUGAUACGAGUUAAAGGACAAGAAUUCAUCAGUCGAAUUCAAGCCAGUUACCCUUACCUACUUGAACAGCUGUUAUCUACUUCAGACAAUCCAGAAGAUGAAAAUGCAGAGUCACCAAUUGUUCAUUGUGGACCUGGAGAAAACCAUUCAGAAGAUGCAGUCAUGAUGAAUACACCUGUGGUGACAGCUGCCUUGGAAAUGGGCUUCAAUAGAAGGCUGGUAAAACAGACAGUUCAGAGUAAAAUCCUAACAACUGGAGAGAAUUAUAAAACUGUCAGUGAUCUUGUGUUAGAUUUACUUAAUGCAGAAGAUGAAAUGAGGGAAGAGGAGAAAGGAAGAGCAACUGAGGAAGAAGAAUCAGAUGAUCUAUCCUAUAUCCGGAAGAAUAGAAUGGCACUUUUUCAACAUUUGACUUGUGUGCUUCCAAUCCUGGAUAGUCUACUAACUGCCAAAGUGAUUAAUGAACAAGAGCAUGAUGUUAUUAAACAGAAAACACAGACAUCUUUGCAAGCAAGAGAAUUGAUUGAUACUAUUAUAGUAAAAGGAAAUUUUGCGGCCACCAUAUUCAGAAACUCUCUACAAGAAAUUGACUUCACGUUAUACAAGCGUUUAUUUGUGCAAAAGGAUAUAACGUAUAUUCCCACAGAAAAUGUUUCAGAUUUACCAAUGGAAGAACAGUUGAGAAGACUACAAGAAGAAAGAACAUGUAAAGUGUGUAUGGACAAAGAAGUGUCCAUAGUGUUUAUUCCUUGUGGUCAUUUAGUAGUAUGCAAAGACUGUGCCUCUUCUCUAAGAAAAUGUCCUAUUUGUAGAGGUACAAUCAAAGGUACAGUUCGUACAUUUCUUUCAUGAAGACGAUCCAAAACUUUAGAAUUAAUGGGUUAAGUGUAUUGUGAUUUUAACUUUUAUACUAAUUUGAUUUCCUUAAAAAUUUUAAUUUAUUAACAACUCAGAAAAUUUUGUUUUACACAAAUGUAUUUAUAUAAAUAUAUAGCUAAAACAUAUAAAAUAUAUUUUACAUAGUAAGAGGGUGAUAGGCUUUUGUUCUUGUGAAUAAAAAAUAGGAAUAAGCACUACAAGUACAAUACUAAAAUCAAAAUUUCAUCACUAUUGAAAUUAUAAGUGAAGUAAAAUUUAAGAUUUUUGAAUUAAACUUUGAGAAGUUUAAAUAUUUUGGAGUUGUAUUAAGAACCAAGAACACGGAUUCUCUGCCUUUUUUUAUCAGUGUCCUGUACACAGAAGGUCUUGAUAUUUGUUGAACGACUUUUUAGGGACAUGGUGUUUUUGUAAAGAAUUCUGUGAGGAACAUUUUAAUAAAACAAUCAGAAUUA